AUGCCAACCCGGAAGGCUCAAGCAACUAGAUCAGGCCUAGUCGGGACGACAAAGCCACCAGCGUCAGCAGGACUACCGGCCUACAACACCGAGUACCAAGAAGAAGGAAACUCGCAAAACAGAGAGUCUUCUGAUAAUUCACCGUCAAGCUCUGGGACGUCUGGGCUUCGUGAGCCCCCCUUGAAGAGAACGAGAGUCUCACGUCACACACCAUCUCCGCAGGAAGAAACCCUACGGGCCAAGUUGGCCAAAGCAACUGGGGGCAGAGCCGCCAAGAAGAAGGCCAACAGUCGGCGUAACCAGUCCGACCCGAAAAACUCCACUCGCAAGACCACCAAGGUGAAGACGAAGCCGACGUCGGCCCAAUGCAAAGAAACAAAGAUCAAAGAAGUCUACGGCGUCAAAGGCGAAGGUGAAGUCUACGGCGUCAACGGCGAAGGUGAAGGAAGUGCAGAGCAUGCAGUGGACAAUCCAGCUGACGGCUUUGGCAAUUGA